CUCCGCACUGUCCCUGUGCCGCCGGCAGCCAGGGAAACAGGGAGCGGGACCGGAGCACUGGGGUGGGGACAGGCAGCAGCUGAGCCGGGAAACGUGGCUAGAGGUAGCGGCCUGAGGAGAAGCCGGGCUGCAUAGAAGGGCAGGACGAAACGGGACACCAGUGUGCAAGCAGACCCAAGAAUCCAUCCCUGGUGCUGGGCCAUCCUGGGGGAAUGGGAGGAGCCCCUUCGGAGGACAAUAAACUCUGGAAUGAGGGUGUGGGCUGCUGCUCCUCGCUCCCCCCCUCAUUCCACAUGCAUGAUGAUACCAUAUCCCUCCAUCUCGCUGGCUCUUCUUGGGGUUUUUUCUCUUUUUUUUUUCUUUUUUUUUCUUUUUUUUUUUCUCUUUUCCCAGAAAUUGUAUUUUGAAGACAACCAAAAGGAGAACGUGUUCUGGGUGUGGCUGCAUGUGAUUUACCCAAUAGCCAAAGUGGGGGGGGCGCCGAAGGGGAAAAACAGAGCGUCUGCUGCUGAAGGGAGUGGAAGCUGAGGGCUGCAGGAUGAAGACCUCUGGAACCUGUAUACUGUUUUGUGUCUUAACACUCUUCUUGUCCCCAGCUGACCGGUUUCCAUGGAUGGUCAAUGGGCAAGAACUGGAAAGUGUAACUGGUGGAGUUACCCCUGACAGCAGCUCUGGUGCAGCUGUCACACCACCUGCGCUUCUUCCUCCUGUUCAGUCUGACAGCGAAACAUCAACAGCUUCAUCAGACUGUCGUGAGGAAAAGUUCCCUUGCACACGCCUGUACUCCGUUCACAAGCCAGUAAAGCAGUGUAUCAGCUACCUCUGUGUCACAAGCGUGCGUCGCAUGUACAUAAUAAACAAGGAGGUGUGCACUCGCAUUGUCUGCAAGGAGAAUGAGGUCAUGCAAGAUGAGAUCUGUCGCCAGCUGGCUGGUCUUCCUCCUCGACGUCUCCGCCGAUCCGGGCAGCCCCUGCCUCUCCCUUGCAGACAGCUCCUGGAGCAGCAGCGCAGGCCUGGUGCUCUGUGAGCUACCAACAGCAGGAGAGGAAAAGGAAGAGAUGCAAGGGAAGUCAUUAUCCACUACCUACAGUCCAAGACAAGUGCUUCUUGUUUGUGAUUCCCCCAUCAUUUCCUUGCUUCUAUGCCUUCUUCUACACCCUCUUCUUCAGGUGCUGCAGUGCACAGAGUACCCUCUCUGCUAGUCUGUCAUGGUACCUGUUGUCAUAUUUAUAAUCUAUUGCUGAGAAUGUGAGAUUCUCUCCUCUUUUCUCUCACACUGCCUGGCAGGCUGUGAGCUGCUCAUUUCCCAGAGGUCCUUAUAAAUGUGGUGCACCUUCUCUUGCUUUGCCCCUGGAGAGAGACAGAAAUGGGGACAAGAUGUAGUCCUCCGCAGUGGUUCAGAUGCCCUAAGCUGCAGCUCAUCUCACCUUUGUGCCCUAGGACUCCUGCCCUAGAUUUCUUGCUUGGCAUCAGCAUGAGCUCGGAUGUGGUUGGCCAGCCUCUCCAAUUCUCCCAAGCCACUGAGUUUGUUGUGUGAUAGCACAUUCUCCUCCUUGUGUCUGCUGGCCUCAGGGAAGUGUCAGAGCUUGGAGAUGAGCUGUCCUGAACCCAAGGCAGACCUCAUUGUCCCUGAGUGGCAACAGAUCAUUUAUAACUACCUCUGGGAAGUUUUUGUCUCAAGCCCAUUGCCUCCCUCACACACAUCUGCUACCAAAAGGAAAAAUUCUGGAUUUAGUAUGGCAUUAUAUUUUUCUCAAGAAGACUAUGUUGGAUCAGAGUUCUGCCUCUUCUACUCCUCCUCUCCUUUCCCCUGUUCUUGUCCCUCUCUUCCCUCUGAAGACAUCUCUUGACACCCAUUCCAGGAAAGUUCCAGGGAGCAGAAAUUACAGCUGACUCUACUCCUAAGCCCAAGAAGAACCUGUGUGACCUGACAUUACCUGUGACCUUGCAAUGAAUUAUCUUGUCAUAGUGCCUUAUCUUGGUCUGGCUACCUCCACACUCCCCCGUUACUGUGCCUGCUUUCAAUCUUCAGCUGAGUUCCUACCUCCUGACGUGGAAGCUCCUGCACAAAGCAGAAAGGAGUAGCAAAUUGGAAUUGGAUGUGGGAGCAGAAUCAUUAUCUGGGACUGCUGUUUAUCUGGGACCUGGGAUUUUCCUGCGGAGUCUCUCACUGUGCUGGCCUGCAUAAAGCCAGGUGCUGAUGGGGAAGGUAAACAUAUCUGCAGGUAUAAGCACUUAUACAGGCCAGCCUGGGCAGAAGAAUUCACUGUGGCAGCACUGAAUGUCUGGUCUGCCCAAGGACUUUGUUUUCUAGAUAUAUGGAGAACAUAUCCAGCUACAUGGCAGUUUUAAUGAUGAAACCAGGCAGGGUAAGUGGGGAAGAGCAGUCAGAAUGGUAUUAAUCACUCCAUGUUACUCUUAGUGGCAUGAUUCUGUGAAGCACCAGAGGAUCAGCAAGACCCUGUCUCUAGCAUCUCUGGGUUGUUCCCAAGUAACUGUAAGCCAGUUUGCUAGAUUUGGCAUUUACUCCCCUCACAUGAUAAACUCUUCUGCUGAACAGAGACCAUUCAGUCUUGUAGGAGCACUGCCCUGUUGCACAGAGCCAGGGUCACACAGUAUUGGGGACAGUUUGCUGCACAGAGGCAGACAUCUCAAAAAAAGAACAAAACCAUUAGUGCAGGACCACCUAGCCUGGACCUGCAUUUCUGCUGUAUGUAGCAAGAAGCUGGCUACAUCCUCUGUGUAGGGGAUGACACCCUCUGCAGACAGAUUCCAUAUGAGAUCAAAAUCAGCCCUAGAUGGGCUAAAUCUCUCUAUAUUAAUCCAGUAUACGGGAGAAAGAAUUCCAAAUCACACAGUGACUAGAAUUUUGUCCUACAUAUAGGAGCACUGCACUGCUACUCAGAGGAUGAUGCUCCUCUCGAGUACUCCAGGCUCACGAGACUAGGAAUGAAGGAGGAAUUUCUUUGUACUGAGAGGGUGCACAUUUCUGUAGAGAUGAGGGUACUGAGAGCUUCAUCUCAAAGACAUUCAAGCCACUAGCAGCCACUGGCUUCCAUGCUGGGAUACCUGUGAAAAUUGCCUGUGUGGAGGAAGGUAGGAUGGAGAUGGGAUGUGAUAUCUUGGAAACUGGACUAGGUCAAAUAUGCACUCUGUAUUUAGAGGUGAAUAUACAUUGCUAUAGAUACAUAACUGGGUAACAUAGCUACUGUACAGCAUAUAGAAAUUUAACUUUCAUACAGGUUGGGGAGUGGUUAGAAGCCUUUCUGUUGCUUGCUUUCUGCAGUGACAGGAAGAGGUGCUCCUGUCCAGGAGAACACUGUUUUAAUGCUAGAGUCUAUAUAAUCCAUAUUAAAAGAAAAUUUAUUUCCUGUUAUUCUUGGCAACUCUCAUGUGUUUGAGUUUAUUUGUCUCUUGCUGUAUUUCCUCCAGAUUUGUGAGGAGACUUGAUUCCAGAUCGAAUGUAUUAUUUGGAACUUUUUACGCCCUGCUAGUCUAGUCCUCUGCUGUAACCCUCUUUUCACUCAUAAAUCACUGGUCUUCCUGGGAACUCUUUUUUUUCUAGAGAAACAUAACAUUUUCUCCAAUUUUUUUUUUUUUUUAUCAUGGAAAGUUGUGCUAGAUUUUCCUGACAAUUGGUAGCUGCUGAACACAGGGAUAACUCCUCCCAGCACAAGGAAUUUGUGCUGAGGACACAUCUUUUCACUGUGAACAUGCCAUGACUUUCUGGUGGAGAAUUAACACCUCCAAAUAAAUUGGCAAGACAACUGAAAUAAGAGAAAAGCUGUAAUAAAUACCACAUAAGCAGAGAAGAAUUUGUUUGCUACAACCAUUUAACUCAAUAAUGGGAAUAACGGAGAUAUUACAUUAAAAAUUACACUUCCAGGUCAAAAGGAUUAGGAAAAUUUCUUUUUCAUUGAUUUUUUGACUUUUUCAUAAUUUCAUCAGGCACUGACUCUACAUCAUAUUUUGGUUGAAAAGAUGAAGCACUAAGAAGUGGGGGACUCUGAGCAGUGUCUUCAUGUGCAAGCAGUCAAGUCUCCAUUUAGAUGGUAUUUCUAGAACAAAAGUGGCUGUGGGCCAAAUUACCCAUUAAGCUGCCUGAGAGUGCCCCAUAGAUAGUCAGGACUAAACCAGACAAUGCAGGUUAUUGCACAAGGCUCUCCUCCAUGCCCCUUCCUGGCUGAAGCUGUGGUGUCCUGAUCUCAGACUGCUGCAAUGGACACAGCCUCAGCCCCUGUGACUGGAGAUGCUGCUCCCACCUACACAGGCCAGACCCUGCUCUGUCUCAUAAACUCAGCCUUUGCAGCACACCCGUGUUGGCACUUUCCCCUGCCUCUGUGAGCCAAGCACAAUCUAUGCCAUCAACUGUUUGUAAUUCAGCUUACUCUUCCUUUUCCCUUACACUAGAGUCUGCCCGCUCUUCAUUAGCACUUGUCCCAUGCACAGAUUUAUCUCCCCUGCCACUCCAACCUGCCAUGAUAUCUGGAACUCACUUUCUCUUGCAAGCCAGGGAAGUGGUUUUGAAUACGCCUCCAGGUAGGUGUGCUGCUCUUGCAGUUGGGCUAGCCACAAAGAAAGCUGACAGAGCCCUGUGUUUAGCAGCAUGACUCUGCAUUUCUGGCCGAUUUUCAUAACCUCUCCUGACCUGGAGUGGGAGUUAGAUGCCCUGAGGUCACUUCCCAUACAAUGGCUCCUCCUUUGGCUGUCACAGCUCCCCAGUACCAAUCUGUGUGACCAGUUUGAAGGCUGCUGUUUAAAGCCAGUGCUGCAAUGUCUGUUCCCCAGCUUGAAGCAGUGCCUCACUGCUGGGCUUGUGGAGCUAACAAGCAUGGGAAGGCUGUUGGAAGAAGCUGAUCUGUCACCUGGAAGCUCCUGAAACUUGUUGCCUGAAUCUUGUCCACACAAUCUUGUGUGAACAAAGGGCGUUGACAUUGGGUAUCUCAGCUUGGAAGGAUCCCUCAAGGAUGUACUGUGGCUGUCCUGUGGGCUUGUCCUUCACAGAGGGAACUGGUCCUUGCCACCCACACAAAAAGAGCUUCUCUACUAGACAAAGAAUACCUAGGUUGAAACCAAAAGGGAAUCUAGUUGGGGUUUUUUUGUUGUUUUUGUUUGGUUUAUUUAAAUUGUUUGGGUGGUUUUUUUUAAUCCAGGCAGUAUUAAAGUAAGUGAUCCUGUAGUAUUAACCCCUGACAUCACAUGGUGACAUUAUUUGACAGUGUACAUUUGUCCAGUUGUGAACAGCUUCUUGACUGGAGCACAAGAAAUCUGAAUUCCAGUUCUGAAUCUCUUCACCCACUGCUCUCUGAUCUUUAAGCAUAUUGUUUUUUCUCUUUGUUCCCUGCCAUCCUUAGCCCCUGUAAUACAGCAAGUUGAAACAUACUCCCACAAAAUAGAGAGCUGCAUUUUCAUCCAUUAAAAAAAAGUUCUUUAAAAAUGUAUUUGUCUACUUUUGCUAUUAGUGUAAAUUAUUUAUUCAAAUAAAAACAUGCUCAAUAAUAUGAAUUAUAUCAGUUAAAAUGCAAACAGCAUGUGCUUGUUGCUAGUACGUUGAAACAUAUUUAAAAAGUGAAUUGUGAAAUACAUUCAAUUCAUUUAAUGAAUAAAUUAUCUGUCAGAAUGCAGUUUGGGGCAUUUUACUAAAAUUGCAAUUUCCAUACAAAUACAGCUGGUCAUAAAUUAGCAAAAAGGUGUAAAGAGAAGCAUAUGUAAUUCAAUGUGUCUAACUAAUAAGUCAUGUCAGAUCUCACCUGCUUAAAUAUAAGAAUAAAUGUAGGUUAAGCUGUGCAUUUUUUAAAAUAAAUGUGGAUAUUGAGAUA